UCGGCAAACAACCUGACAGCGAGGCGCUGCGGGGCCAAGCGAGUACACCUGGUAACCCAAGAACACUACUAAGAGAGUGAAUUAAAGCAGCAGCAGCCAUUCCCAUCCCCUGCAGAUCGGAGAGGGAAUGCAAAGGGGUUAAUUCUCAAGGAUAACAGCUCAUUUUUGCGAAAGCCCACGAGAACAUGAAACGUGGAGCUGGUUAUGAAGACAGCUAUUCAAAGUGUGGAUGAACUGCAUCCUGCUGGUGGUGGGAACCUCGUGGCAGACAUUUAUUGCUCUCCAGAGCAGGAAGGGCUCCUUAUCUACUUAAAGAGAAUCUAUUCAGUUCCAAGCAGCAAAGAUGACUGUUUUUUCUAAAAUACAAGGAAAAAUUAUGAAAGUAAUUUGUCAGACGAUGAAACGCACAAGACAAGCCUGCACUUCUACUGUUAUUAGUGUAGUAUGUAGUUGAAAUAUAUAUAUAAAUACGUACAUCUGAUCCUGUCAUAAAACUAAUCUUCUCUUUUAUGUUGCAGACCAUGUUAUUUAAAGGCAAAACAUAGCAACCUUGGCAGGUAAAUUGCCCAGCGUUGUGUGUCAUCAAGUAUCACCUCCCAUUUAGUUUUCUAUAAAAGCCAUUACCUAGCAAUGAUCACAGUGAUAAGGCAGCUUACUUACCCAUUCCUUCCUUAACUGAAAUAAGCACAGCCUCAUGGACCAGCUUGGGAGAUUCAUUCAAUCAGAUGCUAAAGGAAUAUUGGAAAAGAUACGAUUGUACUUAAUAAAGAAACUGCUGCCACAUUUGGAAGACAGAAGGAAGUAUCAUCAAGAGUUUGCCUCAUCCACUUCGUUUCAUGGAGUGCAUAACAUCGUCCAAACGCAGAGCAAGACUCGCAAAGUGCUGUGGCUGUUAGUAGUCGUGGGCUGUCUCGCCAUCGUUAUUUGGCAAAUCUGCAGUCGCUUCAUCUACUACUUCACCUGGCCAACCACUACGACAGUGGUUGUGCAGUACGUGGAAAAUGUCAAAUUCCCUGCUGUGACUUUUUGCAACUUGAACAGGUUUCAAGCUCAUGCAGUAAGCAACCUCAAAAUCAUUUUUUUAAUUUGGAACAUCGUGUCUGCAGUUGUCCAAAAAUUUGCUAUGGAAGAAAAAUAUUCUCAAGAGCUAAAUGAUUUCCUUCUUGGGAACCAGAACUUCAGCAUCAAAGAGUUUACAAGGAAAAAUGGGUUUUAUCUGAACAGCAGCACGUUGCUAGAGUGUGAAUUUUUUGGAAAGCCGUGUUACCCACAGGAUUUUGAACAUGUUUUCACUGAAUACGGAAACUGCUUUACUUUUAAUCACAAUGAUCUUCCAGCAAGAAGAGUGAGUUUGUCUGGAAGAGGCUUACAUUUACUUUUUGAUGUCCAGCAGGAACAAUUCACUGAUGAACCUGCUCUCGGUUACACUGAUGCUGGAAUCACUUUUGUUAUCCAUUCACCCAAAGAGCUUCCACGCUUUGAUGGUUUAGGUUUAUUAACACCGGUCGGCAUGCAUGCACAGGUCGCAAUCCGCCAGCUGAAGUCAAUUAUCCAAGAAUACCCCUGGGGAGAGUGCAAGCCUGAUAUCAAGCUUCAGUACCACAACAUUUACAGUACUAACGGAUGUUUGCAGGAAUGCAAAGCCCGGUACAUACAGGACUGGUGUGGCUGUCUGCCAUUCAUUCUUCCAGGGAAUGGAACAGAAUGCGAUUUGCUGAAGUUUUACAAUUGUGUUUAUCCGGCAGUCUAUGAUAUAGAGAUAAAAGGAUUAUGUACAGUAGGAACCCACAAUUCCACUUGCCCUGCCCCAUGUGAAGAAAUGGAUUACCCUACCACCAUCACCUAUUCAAGUUUUGGAGGAGAGAAAGCCAUGAAAUACUUUUCCGCAAAACUGAAGAAAAGCCCGGAAUACAUCAGGCAGAACCUCGUGCGUAUUGACAUUAAAUAUCAUGAUCUGAGCUACAAAAUAACACAGCAGCAGAAGGCCUUGACUAUAUCCGAGUUGAUUGCUGAUGUAGGUGGCCAGCUUGGAUUGUUUUGUGGUGCCAGUAUGAUUACAAUCAUAGAACUGCUUGAGUAUAUUUUUACUAACUUCUGUUGGAUGUGCGUCUUUCUUCUAUUGAAAGCUCCUGAAAUGCCUCAAUGGAACAAUCCGUCCCAGAACCAACCAACGCACAAGGAAAAAAAGAAGGGAAUACAAGAAUGUUAGUGGCUUGCAGAAGCACAAAACUAAAUGUCUCUGCAACUUCCCUUCCUUUUUAAGAUAAAAAGGAGACAGCAAUAUUUGGCAUUGCUCCCUUCCCUGCACUCCUGAUUCUUCCUGCUUCUUUUAUUGCCUAGAACUAUUUAAUUGUGUUAAUAACUUAGUGAGAAUUUCCAAAGUUCCCUUUUUUCCCCUCACAUAAAGAAAAAUGUAAUCUUUACCUAAAAUUUUCCAUUAAAGAAUUACCUUUUUUUUUAAAUAGCAUAGCAAGUGAUACUGACAUACAAUGCCAUUUAGCAUUUCUGACCCAGUUUUUAGCUUCUGUAUUUUGAGUGAGAAAUAAUACGCAUGCCAAAUUAACACAUGCAAGUUUCCUAACCACCAUAAAGGUAGAGCAUUGCUCUGCUGAAAAAGCAGAUUCCUUUUUAACGAUGAAGUCUUUGCUAGCAGGUUACCACCGUUACGCAUUCCAGUGCGCGAUAUCAUAGCUUUGCCUGUCAGAAUUAGGAGCGUGCCUAAUAACAAUAACUUUUAUAGUAUAUUAUCUGUUUGAAACAUACAAAAAAAAUAAAUCUCAUGAAUCUGCCAACUACUAUAGCGAACCUUAGGGCAUCUGAGUCGAUGGCAAGUGGGCAAACAUCGGCCAAGUUCAGAGUUUAAUGUCAUGAAAGAUGAUAAAAAAAAAAGACUAAAGGCUUCAUCUAAGUUUUACUAAAAAUCAGCGAGAGUAAGAAUUUUGUGGCUUUGGUGCUGAAUCAGGCUUCCUGAACAUUUAUUCCUUUAAAAGUGUUCAGAAAAGCUUCUGUGCUUUCCUACGUCUGUGUGGGCCUAUGGACAGUACUGGUUUGGAGUCUUGUGUUUUUAAAGACAACUUUGGUGAUGAAAUAAACUUCCAAAGAUGUGUCAUAGUGUAGUGCAAACAGACACUCUCCCCGCACACACAAACACUAAAGCUCCUAGAACAAGAAGCGUGCACGGGGGGGAGCGUUGCGAUUUUUAAGUACAUCUUAGUAAACAACAAUCCUUUUAAAAUCUGAGAAUUGAUAGGAUCGUUUCACUUUAUACAAUGAAAUUAUACAGUGUAUCUUCAAUACAUUUCUUUCUCUAGAAUAGGUUUCUGAACACAGUCCUGAACAAACCCGUGCUUGCCCAAGUCUCCUGCCAGAGUCUAUCAAUCAGAGCUUUUGAUGCGUUUGGAGGUGCCAGACAGAGCCUGGGUGGAAACCCUUUAGGAGAGGUAGACUCAAAACAGUCUUGUAAAAGAUGCACCGAGACUAAUUUUAAGACUACACGAUAAAGGAUUAUCCUGAUUAGAAACAUUGGCUUCUUUCUAUACAAUUAAAUACACAUAAUAUUAAUAGAUAACUGUUUAUUUGAAAACUCACAGACAGUUGUCUGGACUUUGGACUAGCACCGUAUAGACUUUGCUAAUCAUAACAUUUUUACAUUAGAAGGCUCGCAAAGGCUUCAACAUUAAACCUUGUGAACCACUGCUCCCCAGUCGGUGCCUGGGCUCCGCAGCCCUCAGACCGCCCCGGGGCACGUCUCUGCACUCUGAGUAACGUCAGUGCUGCGCCUGGGACCCCGGGCGAGCGAUCAGCCAUAGCCGUGCUCUGUAAUUCACACGGUUCUUCCACACCAUCCGCUCAAAUUCAGCGACUAAUAAUAAAUUAGUUUCCACAAAGAAAGCAGUAAGUGUCCUUAGUAAGCAGCCAAGUGCUUAAGGUUAGGCACAAAGUAAUGAAAACACCAGCGUUUGGCCAUCAGGGGCACCAGCUUCCCUUCCACAUAAGCCCCAGGAUAAUACAGGAAAUGUUUCUGCUUCCUAGGAAGAGAUGCCCUGAUAUCACUCCUCAGUAACUGCAGGCUUGGGACACCUUCAGCUUAACUUAAAGAUUUUUUGCUCCAUUCUUUUUUAUUGGCCGUUUCUGCUGGGGCUUUCCCCACACGCACGCUGUUACCAAGAUGUGCUUGGAACAGCAGCCACGGGAAAAGGUCUAUCUAACCCCGCUGUCCGAGGCGUGUACUGGCCAACCCAGAGGGGGAAUGGAAAGAACAGAGCAAACAUACUGCAGUAUUUCUCUAAAGAUUUCUCCCAGCCUCAAACAGUUUAUAGAUGUGGAAUUCUUCAGCCAGAAUAAAUUACGGUUUUGAAAGUAGCAAUCUGGUGUUAUCUGGAUUCUGGAUAACAAGAAAGCAGGGGAAAUAUUAACAGUGAACUAGCACACCUUAUAUUUCAGAGAUCAAAGUGCUUUGUAGCUAUCAAUCACGAUUUUUUUUUGUUUGUUUACUCUACUAAUAAGGGUUAAAUAACAGAAAAUUAGUAUUGUAAGGACUAAACAAAAGACAAGUGGUAUUGUUCCUGCUCUGCCGAAAGGUCAAGUGAAACGAAGCACAGAACACGCUAAAGAAUCGGCAAAAAAGAGCCAUUUCUCAGAAAGGGAAGGUACUUGCAUUUUUGCUUAGUUUAAUAAGACUAGAGUGACUUUUGCUUACUCCACUGACUUUGGACGAGGACAGCUAAAAUCACUGCUUGGUUACAGAUUCUUCUAACAUACAUGGCAGAAGGAGCUCUGAAGAAAGCACAAAGACUGGUGUUUUGCCCAAGGUCAAGUGACAGAUCGGUUUUUUCAGCAAUGGCUUGUGAUGAGAUUAUAUAAAGCAACUGAUUCCCCAGCACAGCUAAAUAUAGCAAGUACACGGUGCAGCAGAGCAGAAGUAAGGGUGCUUCUGUAUUUUGAUGUACGACUACCUUUCUAUUAAGGCAACAGAAUUUUUAAAAGUUUUAAGAAAAUAUUUGGCUUUACUGGAUAGGUAAAGAUGAUACAUCUAUAAGGGCAGCAGAAACAAGGUAUUUUAACAAUUUGAUCAGAUCAUCUCCCAAUUUAGCAUUACUUUGCUUCUUAUUUAUUCCCUUUUCCUUUUUACAAGUGCACGUCCAUGCUCCAAGUACAGCUACCAGCAAGCUUUUCCCAUGCUAAUUGUUUGAUUCUAAAAUGUUAAUCCCAACAAUGAAAUUAGUGACAUGAUUGGGAAAGUCCCCUUGGGCUCCUUCCAAAUACUUGUCUGAUGUGCACAAAGAGAUGCAACACAGAAUUUUGUAGCUAGAAACACAUCAUCAUGAGGAUGACACGCUCUAAUUGGC